AUGAUUCUGCUUAGAGUAUUACGUUUGUUUAUAUUCUGUUUGGUUUUAUCAACACUUUGUUCCAUUACCAAAUGUGGAAGUUCAGAUGUAACUCUGAAAUUCUUGAAAGCACCUCAUGCAUUUUCUCACUUGAAUUCAGCAACAUUUGCUUUUGAAGUUCUUAAUUCUGGUAGUAACCGUACUUGCUCAAAUUGCAGCCUCAGUUGUAAGCUUGAUGAUGGGGUCGCGUCAGUUUGCACGAACGGGAGAGUUACAUACUCAAGCUUGCAAGAUGGAAAUCAUGGUUUUGAAGUCUGCACCAAUGGAAAUCAUAGUUUUGUGGGCUGUGCUAGCUACAACUGGACUGUUGACACAAUUCCACCAACAGCAUAUGUUACAGCCUCAACAACUUUCACAAGUUCUUCAAAUGUUUCGGUAAAUAUAUCUUUCACCGAACCGUGUAUAGGUGAAGGUUUUGGAUGCAAGUCUGUGAAUGCCUGCAAUCUUCUUGUCUAUGGUGCUGGCCAGGUUGUACCAUCUUCCUUUAGAGUUCUGAAGCCAAACCUCAUGUAUUCUCUUCUUGUUAGUUUAUCUCCUACCGUUCAAUACGGCCGAGCAAUCCUGGUAAUGGAUAGGAGUUUCUGUACUGACAUAGCUGGUAACAGCUUUACAAGAAUGGCGAAUUCGAGUGUUCAUCUACAUAUUGACAGAAGAAAGGUUUAUGUCAACAUCAGGACUCGUGUACCUGAAAAGCUACUUCGAAUUAACAGUGAAACUAGAACAAUUCAGGCAACUAAUGACCUUAACAAGCUAAAGGUGUAUUUGUACUUCUCGUCUCCAAUUGUAAAUUCAUCUAUGGAAGUUAUGAGUUCUCUCAACAUUAGUCGUGGUUCACUCGUUCCAACUAGUGCAGAAAAUCUUGGAAAUCGUAGAUUCGGAUUCAUGAUUGCUAAUAUCUCCUCCACUGCUAUAGUCUCGGUUGAAUUCAAUUUGAAAUCUAUAAUAACCAGACAAGGGACUCAUGUUUCUCCAACUGCGCCGGUUAAUUUUCUCUAUGAUUCUAAGAGGCCUGCGGUGAUGUUAAGUACACAUAGAAUGAGGACAAAAGAUCACAAUAUACAAAUAUUAAUCGAAUUUUCAAAGCCUGUUUUUGGAUUCAAUAACUCCCGCGUAUCAAUUUCAGGAGGUUUAUUAAAAAGCUUUCACAAACUUAGAUGGAGCACAUACAUUCUUGAGCUACAAGCGGAUGAUGAUUUGGUAUUCGUCAGUGUUCCCGAGAACGUAACUCGUGAUGUUUCCGGAAACAAAAAUCUAGCUUCCAAUGUUCUACAAGUGAGGCACUACUCAGUACCUCUUAUUUCUUCUGUGAUUUCUGCAUUUACAACUGCUACUUUUGCGCUGACAUCGAUUGUUCUGGCCUGCUUACUAUCUCAACUGCAAGUCUUCAAUCAAGUUUAUCUUGAUUUUGGGUUGGCUAUUCCAAAGCUUAGUGUUCAUGGCAUGGUUUCUGCAGUGAAAGAUCUUUUAGAGCAAGCACCAUUAAAUAAGGUGAUGUUUAGUACUGAUGCUUAUGCCUUUCCUGAACUCUUCUACUUAGGUGCGAAAAAUGCCCGCAAAGUUGUUUUCACAGUUCUGCGUGACUCGUGCAUUGAUGGCGAUCUCACUGUUUCAGAGGCUGUGGAAGCUGCAAAAGACCUCUUUGCACGAAAUUCAAUCAAUUUCUAUAAGAUUAUCAGUUAA